CGCUAUGAGAAGUCGUGAUUUCAGCCUCAAUCGUUCGGUGCGUGUCUCUCCACUUUAGUUAGUAAUAUUAUUAAAGUUGUUGCUGCCUGCUGGAUGUUCUUGUGCAUUGGCACGUCCCCAAAAACGCGUUAAUGAAAAAGUGAACUAAGUGAACGAUUAUAAGUUUCCUGCUCACCAACAACAACAGCGAUUCCAAGGAGCGGCCAAUCGGAUUUGGCCAAAACGUUAUUCAUACUCGAAAGCCCGCUUGCAAUUAGCUGAAGACCUCAACACAUUUUGAUUAUAAAUCGAAGCGUGCAAAGAGAAUGGCACCGCUGAAUACGGCUUCAAUUGCUUAACUGUUUGGAGAAUCACAGUUGCAUGCCGCGACUGAUUGCAUAAGCUGUUGCCGCAUUAUUUAGACACCGAUCGACAGCAAAGCCAACGAGAUGAGCAAGCUCCAGGUGAUCGUGCACCCGGUGAAGAAGGAGUUCCAGCGGAAGAGCUGCGGCUUUGACCACGACACGCCCGAUGAUUUCGUCAAGUCGCAGUGGCAAACAUGCUCAAAGAGUAUGGGUUAUUUGUUUUACCGCUGGUUCAUGGCCCUGUUCUUUGUGGUCGUGGUUAUCACCUCAAUGUGGCCAGAAGCAGAUGAUGAAAGCAGCUACUGGCUGUACUUCAUCUACAUGACCAACUGGGGGAUCUGGAUGUGCAUGCUGACGAACCUCUUGGGAGCAGUACUAGUCACCGUUUGGCACUAUCAUCCGGAAUAUGCGGAUAAACUCUUGAAUAUCAAGAGCUCCUUUAGCUAUUUUCGAGUCUACUGGGGUAUGCACAUCAUAUCUCUGGUCUUAUCUAUUGUCAUCACCAUCAUCUACUGGGCGAUUCUGUAUGACGCUAACGAGAAUAACUUGGACGCCACGAAUGUGCUCACUCACGCCUUCAACUCGAUCUGCAUGUUCAUCGAUCUGUGGAUAGUGGCACAUCCCAUGAGGCUGCUGCACAUAUUUCUGCCAGUAUUAUUCGGGGUUGUGUUUGCCAUCUUCUCGUACAUUUACCACUUGUGCGGAGGCCUUAACAAAAAGGGAAAGCCGUACAUUUACCACGUGAUUGAUUGGAGCCAGCCGGAGAGUGCGUUCGUCACAGUCGUGGGCGUGCUCAUCCUUUCCUGUUUCAUCUACGUCCUGCUCUUUGUGUUCUUCAAGCUGCGACUUUUCCUGUACCGACGGUGUCGCAACGACAAGUUUGUCUUGCCCACCAGCAGUGGAAAGGGCUAUGGACCGGAUGACAAGUCCGGAAACGGAAUACAACACUCGCCGUCGCGCAUCUCCAUGGUGCUGGGAAAUUUCGCUGGAUACGAGAACCAGGCCUACUCUGCCAGUGGGGAGGUGUCCAACAAGAGCUAAGGACGUAGUUUGGACCAUAUUUGGACCUUAGCAAUUAGUCACCUGCACCUGUAGGACUACGACCAGUGAUAUUAUAUUUUAUUGAUUCGAGUUAAGUGAAUAAAUUCGUUCUGUCGGAUUCUUUGAAGGUAA